UGCCUUGACAUACACGAUGCAUGUGAGAAAGGGGAUGUGUGGGGUUGUAAACAAUACAUGAACAGCCAAGGCUUUUAGCACAACUUCCCUUCAAAGCAAACCCCACACAAAAUUUUAGAAAUAAAAAGAGGAAGGAAGACGGAGAAAAUGAUUUGUUUUGGUGAACUACCACAUGCAAUCCAUCAAAUAGAAAGAGCCCUACCCCUCCAUUCCAUUACCAUAUACACCAACUACAAAUUCCAUUCCAUGGCCAAAAAAAUGGGAACAACUGACAAACUCUGAAAAGUUGAAAUGAAUUUUGGAUUGGUGUAGUUUUUGAUGGAGUUGAAGGGGGACCUCCAGUCUCUCAUUGAUCGAGCGUCGGCUUUACUUGAUGGCCUUUCUCGCGAAAUCAAAAACAGUAACAGCUUAUGCAAUUUGUGUGCGCAAAAUGGCCGUUUCGGUGAUUUUGCAGAUACAUCAUUUGAGGACAGAGACAAAUUGAUUUCCAUUAGAGAUUCACUAAAGCAAGUUCGUGACCUGCUUGUCUUCUUACAGCGAUUAAGAUCUUGGCAGCUAAUCGAUAGGCAUGCAGCGUUUAAUCGCUUAGAAGAAAGCAGAACAAUUCUUAGAGAAAAAGUGAAAGAAUAUAAAGGAAGAUCGGACGAUGCAAUUAAAGAGCUGAAUGCUUUUGACUGGAGAUUGAAUGGCAAGAUAAAGAACAAGGCAGUUGAAGAUUCUAAGGUGAACAAUAAUAAUAAACUGAAGAGGAGGAGAACCGGCCAGUUCAUCAUUUGUUGUAUUAGAAUGUUGUUCGAGCCAUGGAAAUGGCAGAAUAAGGCAUUUAUGGUGGCUGUGAAAUUGGCUGUAAUUUCAGCAAGCAUUUCAUCUACGGUUAGGCUUUGUCAUGCAAAGCAACAAUAUUGCAGUAAUCCUCAAAGGAAAGUUGUUUCUUUUGUGGAAAAAUCAUCAACAGUAGUUAUACCUUCCCUUUCAACUAGUCCUCUGGAUGUCUUUUAUGGAAGAGGGUGAUCUGGUAAUAUAAAGUUUUCUGUUGAAUAUAUGUAUGUUAAUUGAUUGAUUGCUUCAUUCUCAUUGCUAAGUGUUUCUUGAGGAGCUUCCUAUACAGUUUCAGAUUCUUUUGUGCAUUAAUAUUGAAUCUCGUUCAAGAAUGUUAAAUUUUCA